AAGAAAAACUUACUUAUAAGCCAGGACUAUUUGAAUUUCCUUAUGAACCUGCAAUUGUUAAUACAGAAUUGGUUUAUGUGCUUAAAGGAGAGAAAAAAAUUGUUAUUACUGAAGUUAUCAUUGAAGACGCAAUUGAAUCUGUCAAACAAAUCAAAGCUUUUCUUAAAAUAUUAAUGAUGGAUAAAACAUCAGGAGCUUUAGAUAAAAAAGAAACUAUCAAAGAAUUAUUAGAAGCCAUACUUGAACAUCUACCUAAUACUUUACCUUGGUCUAAAAUUGUUAAAAAAUUUGAAAGAAGAUCUCCUCAUAGGACGAAUAAUAGUUGCCGUAAAUCAAUAGUCGCGUAG